AUGGCAGAAUUGCAAGAAGAGCGUGUUUCAAGCAAGGGUCCUCCUUUAUGCACAUCACCUACCCGAAAUUCAUUAAUGGAGGUAGAUAUAGUUGAACCGUUAGUAUGUGUAGCCUCUAACGUUUCAGAAAAUUUAUCAUACGAACAAGAAAACUUACCCGGCGAUGUCGCUGGCCACGGUCACAAGUCGAACAAGGUCAUGCAGUUGUCGGAUGUUACGGAUGUUGGAAGUGAAAAUAUGGAGCUUGGUGAUGAGUUACCAGAUCAUGGUUGCCUACAAGAAGACGAGAUAUCAAGAGUUGGAAUGCGGUUUGCUCAGUUACAGAUGGCUCAUGACUUUUAUGUUACAUAUGCAAAGAAAGCUGGAUUUGCAACUAAGAUAAGGACAACAACAUUUGACAAGAACACCAAGGCUCCCGUUAACCAAGUUAUACACUGUAAUCACGACAGGAUCCGCGAGUCUUGUGUUAAAUCACCAAUGCAGAAGAAUACGAUUUCAGCUGCUGGGUGCAAGGCAAGGAUAUAUGUAAAGUUUGAUAAAGAUUUGCAAGACUGGGUUUUGUUCAAGGUUGACUUGACGUACUCACAUCCUUGUUCACCGAGAAAGGCAGUGCACUACCAUGAGUAUAGGAAGCUGACCAUGCAUACGAAGUACGUGAUCGAAGAUAAUGAUGAGGCUGGGAUUCGACCAAAUAAGACAUUCCUUGCUUUGUCAAAUGAGGCUAGUGGCCCCUCUAACUUGGGAUUCUUAGAGAAGGAUUUAAGAAACUAUAUAACAGCAAGGCUCCAAACUAGCAACGUGAAUGCAGAUGUCAGGGAGAUGAUGAGCUACUUCAUGAGAAUGAAGGACAUCAAUCCAAACUUCUUUUACGCGGUGAAGUUGGACGAGGAGUGUAAAUUUAAGAGCGCAGUAUGGAUUGAUGCAAGGUGUAGGGCGUCGUAUGAAUACUAUGGAGACGUCGUGUCAGUUGAUAGCACGUACAGUACAAAUAGGCAUGGAUUACCGUUUAUGUCGUUUGUUGGGGUCAACCACCAUGGUAAGUCGACCCUCCUCGGUUGUGCUUUGUUGGGUAAUGAGAAAAUCGCAAGUUAUGAGUGGGUUUUUAGCCAAUGGGUGAAGUGCAUGGGAACUGCUCCACAGUGUAUCAUAACUGAUCAAUGUCGAUCCAUUUACUGUGGGAUCAAAAAUACUUUACCCGACACACGCCACCGGUGGUGCAUCUAG